CUAUUUUCAAUUUCAUUCGUUGUUUGUGGUCUGUACUUCGCUACUUUCUCGCCAAUCAGGAAUUAUUGUCAAGCAAAUUUACUACAAUCUAUACGAUAAAGAUAAUAAAUUAAAAUUUUAUAUUACCUAUCAUCGAGUUUAUGGGAUCGUCGGGAAGACACAACACUGAAAAUAUGAUGGCUGGUUCAGCGUUGAGACGGCUUAUGGCCGAAUAUAAACAGCUAACAUUAAAUCCACCUGAAGGUAUAAUAGCAGGACCUGUCAAUGAAGAAAACUUUUUUGAAUGGGAAGCAUUAAUAACGGGUCCAGAAGGAACAUGUUUUGAAGGAGGAAUCUUUCCAGCCAAGCUACAGUUUCCCCCUGAUUAUCCAUUAAGUCCACCAAAAAUGCAAUUCAUUUGUGAAAUGUUUCAUCCAAAUAUUUAUGCAGAUGGUCGAGUCUGUAUUUCCAUUCUACAUGCACCAGGUGAUGAUCCCAUGGGUUAUGAGACAAGUGCAGAGAGGUGGUCUCCAGUUCAAAGUGUUGAAAAGAUAUUGCUAUCCGUAGUCAGUAUGUUGGCUGAGCCAAAUGAUGAGAGCGGGGCCAAUGUCGAUGCAGCUAAAAUGUGGAGAGAAGAUCGGAAUCAAUUUAAUAAAAUAGCUGAGAGAUUAGUCAGGAAAACUUUAGACCUACCGCCGCCAUAACACCUAGAAAUGAGACACCAUAAGUCUAGAAGAGGCACUGUCAUUAGUUGUUAUUAUAAUUCUAAGACAUACAUGAUAAAACUGAGUACUUGAUAUUAAUACUGUUAAUUGUGUGUUUUAUAUGCCACCACAAUAAUGUUAUAUGUUAAAUAUAUUCUCCUCAUAUUUGGGUUGUAUAGUCAAUUUAGUAAUAAUGGAUUAUAACUAAUAAUAUUGUAAACAGUGUCUUAAUGCAAUAAUCUAUGUAAUAUCGCCCAAAUUGAAAAAGUUUAUAGAACAGGCAGACUUUUUUAAACAGUUUAUAGAUAUUCAUUUGUUAGGUACAUAAGGUUGUAAAAUAAAUUUGAUAAAAUGAUUUAUUGAAAUGUGUAUAUUUUUUUAAUAAAGUACUAGAUUUCAAGUUUGGCUGUUGGUCUUAAAUAAUGGUAAUAAAUGAUUGAGCAUUAUAA